AUGAAGCAACAAACUGUUACUUUGCCCGCACAUUUAAAAUGUUCUCGAGCAGUACUUUCGGAGCAAGAAGAAAUUAAACAGUUUCAUGUUCCGAUUCAUUUGGAAACAUCCACUCGGAAUGAGGAGGAAAGAAUGGUUCAAGAAAGUUGUUUGGCUGAGGAUUUUCCUGCUCUGUAUUCGCAACAUGAUUUUGAGGAGUGUUCGGUGUGGACAUUGAGAGAUGAGGCUUCCAAUCGUGUUAUUGGAUGUGUGGAUUUAUAUAUUAGUCCUACGAUACAGACUGAGUUUGAAGUUUUUGCAACGCUUGAAGUGGCAUAUCGAAACCAAGACGAAGAAUUGAAUGCAAAGUUGAAGAAUGGAAAACAAGCGUGGAUUCGAAUGCUCUCUAUACAUCCAUUGUACAGGAAACAAGGAUUGGGAAGAUAUUUAUUACACGUUGCUUUGGACGAGGCAAGACAACAACAAGUUGACACAGUAUUGUUGGUAACAUUACCUGAAGUAAUGCAGUCGGCUGUGAAAUUGUAUGAAAGCGAAGGCUUUCAAUUGUUAGAGCGUGAUAGAACGUCGCAUUUUGUGGUUGACACAAUGGUACUGCUUGUAAAGUGA